UGGUUGCUUUAUUGAGAUUAUGUAUUCGGUUAACGCAUAAGGAUGAAAUGGUUUCCGAUAUACUUCAAGCGAUAGAACUUUUAGGAACCUUGCCGCAUGAAGUCAUUAACUCCGUGGGUGAACAGAUGAUGGCUGGUAUCUUGAACUUAAUAAAAUCGGACGCAAACUAUAUCAGAGGAAAAAAACCAUGGGAAACCGUAUUUACUCUUCUUCGAGAAACUGCGACUCAUCCUCAGGCAUCUAAAUACUCUUUUGAUGCAGCCGCCUCUUUAGUGCGAGAGAGUAAAAAUAUUAAUAGUGAUAACUUUAAUGAAUGCGUGGAACUUUUGGCGGAAUUUGC